AUGGACGAUAGUCUUGGAUUCGAGAUCGUUAAAGCACUCGAUUGUAAUGAUAUGGGUGCUGGUAACGGAAUACUGACUUCCGUGAAGCAAGAAGAAACCGAUGAAGCGAUUCUUUCGAAUCCAGAAGCGGAUCUGGAAGAUAUACUUCAGCAGUUUGUGAAGAAGACAAGGCGUGAAUAUCCAGCUGGUCGAUUUCUUAAGAAGGAGCUGGACUACAUAGCUGAAACCUAUUGUAAUAAUUAUGCGACAUUUUACCAUUCGACUGUUAACGGUGGAAAGGAUAAGGAAGCAAUUGCAAAGAAGAAAAGCCUCCUAAUGGAGAUGGCUGAACACAUUUCAACAUUGGGUGAAGAGCAGAGGACUCCUGAACAAGUGGAACAAAAAAUACGAGAUGAAUUGAAGCGUGUGAAAAAGUACAUGGCAGCAAAGAAAAAUGGUGGGUCGCUGCCGGGCAAGAGUAAGAGAGAAAUUGUAUUGUCAUCAUCGCAACAAAUGAUUGCCGAUAUUGUUGAGCGAACGGUUCUGGAGCCGUCGAAACCAAAACCUGUAGAGCAGAAUGGUGUAGAUGAUUCGGUAGUAGCAGUGGACACUUCGUUCAUGGAGGUUCCCACUGCUGGUUCUUCAUUAGAGGUUAGUCCGCCGGCGUGCGGUCAGAGAAAUGCAUCGCCGUUGCACUUGCGUAAAAAGAAGCGAAGAUUGUCCAGUCUGAGGGAAUUUGAUGAUAGAAGACAGGAAUUCGACUUUGUGAGGGAGAAACGACAAGGUCUUGAGGACGAUAUGAAGUAUGCUAGAGCGAAAUUGGAAGCCGUAACAGCUGAACGUGAUUUCUGGAUGGCGAAGAUCGAUGUCUUAGAUUUGGAGCGACAGUUUUGGAUGCGAGAGAUAGAGAAGUCGCUUAACGACCAUUACUGA